UCCUACCGUCGCACAGCCAAUACGUUCCCCGGUCGACCCUGCUGCGGGAAGCUUUGUUUUUCCGCUCUCGGAGCCGGCUGCUGCCGGGAGCGGUUCGUCAGGCCACCGGGAACGGACUGGGCAGCGGGACGGAGCGGUGUCUUCCCUGGUGGCGAAGUGGUUAAGAAUCCGCCUGCCAAUGCAGGGGACACGGGUUCGAGCCCUGGUCCGGGAAGAUCCCACAUGCCGCAGAGCAACUAAGCCAGCGAGCUGCAACUACUGAAGCCCUCGCGCCUAGAGCCCAUGCUCUGCAACGAAAGAAGCCACCGCAGUGAGAAGCCCACGCACCACAAGGAAGAGUAGCCCCUGCUCAAUGCAACUAGAGAAAGCCUGCGCGCAGCAACAAAGACCCAAGGCAGCCAGGUGUUUGUAAUGGCUGCUACUGUGAACUUGGAACUUGAUCCCAUUUUUUUGAAAGCACUAGGCUUCUUACAUUCAAAGAGUAAGGAUUCUGCUGAAAAGCUAAAAGCACUACUUGAUGAAUCUUUGGCUCGGGGCAUUGAUUCAAGUUACCGUCCAUCUCAAAAGGAUGUGGAGCCACCCAAAAUUUCAAGCACAAAAACUGUUUCCAUUAAGCAAGAGCCCAAAACAUCAUCCAGUCUUCCUUCUGGCAAUAAUAAUGGCAAGGUCCUAACAACUGAAAAGGUAAAGAAGGAAGGUGAAAAGAGACCUGCUGAUAAAAUGAAAUCAGACAUCACUGAAGGAGUUGAUAUUCCAAAGAAACCUAGAUUGGAGAAACCAGAGACACGGUCCUCUCCCAUUACUGUCCAAACCAGCAAGGAUUUAGCUAUGGCUGACCUUUCCAGCUUUGAGGAGACCAGUGCUGAUGAUUUUGCCAUGGAGAUGGGAUUGGCCUGUGUUGUUUGUAGGCAAAUGACAGUGGCAUCUGGUAAUCAAUUAGUAGAAUGUCAGGAAUGCCAUAAUCUCUACCACCAAGAUUGCCAUAAACCGCAGGUGACAGACAAAGAAGUGAAUGACCCUCGCCUUGUGUGGUAUUGUGCCCGAUGUACCAGACAAAUGAAAAGAAUGGCUCAAAAAACUCAGAAACCACCACAGAAACCAGCCCCCACAGUUGUUUCUGUAGCUCCAGCUGUUAAAGAUCCAUUGGUUAAAAAACCAGAAACUAAACUCAAGCAAGAGUCAACUUUUCUAGCAUUUAAGAGAUCAGAAGUCAAGGCAUCCACGGUUGUUUCAGGAAAUUCUUCUAGUACCAAUGUUUCCUCUUCAGCAACUAGUGGCCUAAUUGGAUGGGCAGCUUUUGCAGCCAAAACUUCUUCUGCUGGUCCAUCAACAGCAAAAUUGAGUUCAACAACCCAAAACAAUAGCGGGAAACCUGCUACCUCAUCAGCUAACCAGAAGCCCGUGGGUUUGACUGGUCUGGCAACAUCAUCCAAAGGUGGAAUAGGUUCCAAAAUAGGUUCCAGUAACAGCACUUCACCCACUGUACCACUGAAACCACCUCCACCUCUAACUUUGGGCAAAACUGGCCUUAGUCGCUCAGUUAGUUGUGACAAUGUUAGCAAAGUAGGUCUUCCCAGUCCAAGUAGUUUGGUUCCAGGAAGCAGCAGCCAACUAAGUGGGAAUGGAAAUAGUGCGACAUCAGGGCCUAGUGGAAGUACCACUAACAAAACCACUUCAGAAUCAAGCAGCUCUCCCUCAGCAUCCCUUAAAGGUCCAACUUCACAAGAAUCACAGCUCAAUGCCAUGAAGCGAUUACAGAUGGUCAAGAAGAAGGCUGCCCAAAAGAAACUCAAGAAGUAAUGUGGCCAAGUAGGUUUUUAUAUCAUAUUACCCUAAAGAUUAAAAUCUUAUUAUUAAGACAUAAACUGUAGUAUGCUAUAAUUUAAUAAAAAUCUUCAUAAUGGGGGCUUCCCUGGUGGCGCAGUGGUUGAGAGUCUGCCUGCCAAUGCAGGGGACACAGGUUCGUGCCCUGGUCUGGGAGGAUCCCACGUGCCGUGGAGUGGCUGGGCCCGUGAGCCACAAUUACUGAGCCUGCGUGUCUGGAGACUGUGCUCCGCAACAAGAGAGGCCGCGAUAGUGAGAGGCCCGCGCACCGCGAUGAAGAGUGGUCCCCGCUUGCCACAACUAGAGAGAGCCCUCGCACGGAAACAGAGACCCAACACAGCCAUAAAUAAAUAAAUAAAUUUUUAAAAAUCUUCAUAAUUAAAUUUCUAUUAUUUCUAUUAAUUGAUCCUGCUGAAUAAGAUGCCUUACAAAGAGCCAGGGAUGAACCAAUAAUAAAGUUU